AUGCAAUGCAAAUGGAGGAAGGCCUCGGGUGUCGCGAUGGGCGUGGCAUCAGACGGGAUGGGUGGGUGGCGCGCUCGUAUUGCCGCCUGCCGCGAGUCUAGGAAGCUGGUGCUGGUCAUUGUUGCCAUCGCACUUUUAUUGGACAACAUGCUGCUUACCACCGUCGUGCCAAUAAUUCCGGAGUUCCUGUACGACAUCAGACACCCUGACGCCCCUCUGUCCAUGUCCUUGGACGAGAUCACCACCACGCCGCCCCCCGCCGUCCCCUUCUGCCCCUGCGAGAGGAACACCACUUAUCCACCUCUGGAGAACGUGACGCAAGUGAAUAUAACCGCGGAGAAGGAAGUAAGACACCAGGAGCUCAUACAUGAAACUGUUGCAGUGGGCGUGAUGUUUGCUAGUAAAGCUAUCGUACAGUUAUUAGCUAAUCCCUUCGUUGGACCUCUCACACACAACAUGGAUUGCAAAGGGGUGCGCAUGGAUUACAUGGAGCUAAGCAAGGGUUGCUGGGGUUGCAGGGGUUGCAAGGGUUGCAAGGGUUACAAGGGUUGCAGGGGUUGCAAGGAUUGCAAGAGUUGUAAGGGUUACAAGGGUUACAAGGGUUGCAUGGGUUACAAGGGUUGCAAGGGUCAGAGAGAGCUAGACAAGGAUUACAUGGGCUACAGGGGUCACCGGGGGCUAGGCAAGGAUUGCAUGGGUUACAGGGGUCACAUGGGGAUACGCAAGGGUUGCAUGGAUUACAGAUGGUUGCAGGGAUUACAGGCUGGGCAGGGAGGGGCACAGACGCAAGGUGCCAGGCAUCCACACGGCGUGCAGCUCGUCAGGCAUGGACAGGGAGUGCAAAGGCGGCUGCAACCCUGGCUGCUGAUGCAGACGGUGGAGUCGUCACAUUUCUUGAAGCACGUCCACGGCGCCGCGGCCGCAUAUCAUGGAUUGCAUGGGUUGCAAGGGGGUGCGCAAGGAUUACAGGAGACUAGGCAAGAGCUGCAGGGGUUGCAAGGGUUGCAGGGGUUGCAAGGGUUGCAGGGGUUGCAAGGAUUGCAGGGGUUGCAAAGGUUGCAACAAGGGUUGCACGGAUUGCAGGGGUUACAAGGAUUACAGGGGUUGCAAGGGUCACAGAGGGUUAGGCAAGGGUUACACGGGUUACAGGGGUCACAUGGUACUAGGCAAGGAUUACAUGGAUUACAGGGGUCGCAAGGGUUGCAUGGAUUACAGGGGGUAAGGCAAGGAUUACAGAGGCUACAUGGGUUACACGGAUUACAGAGGGCUAGGCAUGGAUUACAGGGGUUGCAUGGGUUGCAGGGGUUACAUGGGUUGCAGGGGUUGCAGGGGUUGCAUGGGUUGCAUGGGUUGCAUGGGUUGCAGGGGUUGCAUGGGUUGCAGGGUGGACAAGGCGGGGCACAGACGCACGGCGUGCAGCUCGUGCAGGGCGUGCAAGGGCGACUACAAACUUGGCCGCUGUAA